CGCCGUUGGUUGAGUCGUCGACCGUCGAUCCGAUGUCAAGUGAAAAGUCGAGUCAAUCAAACCAAAUUUCUAGUGUGGCCUUGGAUCAAACCAUGUAUGUUUUAUCUAUGAUCAAACGCAGAGAGUCCCGAGUCGCAGUCGACGUCACUGCGCUGACGUCAGUUUUGUUUUUGGUAUAAUAAUGCUACCCAUGUUAUUAUCAAUCUCAACUUAACCAUAUUACCGAUUACCAUGCAUUGUUAGUGUUAACGUCUCAUCCUUAGCCGUUUCGUUUGGGAACUAAACAAUCUUUUUAAAGGACACAGUGUAGAGUUAGUUAAGCUACCUAGGUGAGUUUGCUAGCGUGUUUACGGUUAAGGUUGAAUUCCAAAAUCUUUUUGAAGUAGGCCUAACUUAUCUUAGUUGUAGGAUCUCAAUAUGGGAUCACACAAAAAACAUAAGAAAGAAUCUAAGAAACGUAAACAUCGUGAGCGAGAUCGUAGCAGGUCGGGUUCAGAUGAGGACAUUGAAAAAGAAAAGAGACGCCAUAAGAAACACAAGGAAAGAAAGAAGGAGAAACGCCCAAGACCUAGGAGUGACGAGUCUUAUGAAAGUGAAGAUGAUGACGUCAUACUGGUGCCGCCACCGCCAAAGAUCUCUCGGCCAGACACCCCUCCCCCUCCACCUCUCAUAUCCUCUUCUCCGCCAUCAGCCGCCCCGCCUCGUGCACCUUCUCCACCGAGGAUAUCUUCAUCGUCGGACCAGAGCCUUAGCAUCGAGGAGACCAAUAAGUUGAGAGCCAAGCUUGGACUCAAACCUCUCGAAGUGACACCGACGGGGCCAGUCAAAGGGGAGGAUGGACAAGUUAAAACUGUGGAUGGUGGCACAGAUAUGGGAGAGUUUGUGCAUAAACCUGCAGCCAACAUAACGGACAAACAUAGGACUGAAAAAAUAAAAGCAAAACUAGCCGAACGCAAGGAGAAGCGAGCAUUAGAAGCUAAAUUGGCCAAGGUGAAGCGUCUAGCGGACGACAGUGAUGAUGAGAGUGCAGCAGCCUGGGUGCAGAAGAACCGGCGAAUCACAGAGGAGAGGCUUAAGGCGGAGAAGAAAGCGAAGGAGUUGGAUGACAUGGACGCUGUGUUUGGGGUGGGAGAGCUCGUGGAGGAGGAGAUGAGGUCCACGAGGAAGGAUGCUUACGGAGCCAGAGACCUUCGAGGACUGAGAGUGGAGCACGACGUUGAUGGUUUUGUGGAGGGAAAGGAGGUUAUCCUUACCCUGAAAGACAAAGGAGUUCUGGACGAAGAAGAGGAUGCCUUGGUCAAUGUAAACCUGAUGGAUGAUGAGCGUUAUAAGAAGAACAUAGAUAGAAAGAAGCAGAAGCCCAACCAAUUUGGUUACGAUGCUCUCAAUGAAGAGGAAGACGAAGAACGAUCUGUGUUGAGCAAAUACAAUGAGGAGAUUGAGGGAGAUAAAAAAACCAGCUUCACAAUCGGUGUGGACGAGAAUCAGAGAAAGAAGCAGAUCAAGAACAAGUUGCAGCAGGUACACAAACGGGUAGAAUCACUCAGUCUACCUGCCCCUCAGCUCGCGUCUGACUACUACACGGAACAGGAACUCGUCCAGUUUAAGAAGCCUAAGAAGAAGGUGCGCAAGAUCCGAGAGCGUAAGAAGGUACUGAAGGCAGAUGACCUCUUGGCUGAAAACACUGAGGAUUGGUUGAAGGACUUGGGCACUCGGAGAACGCCUCAGGUCAACAUCAAACCUGACCCUGAGGCUUUUGACAUCGAAGGCUACAGCUCUCGUGGCAAUGUCGCUCUUAAGGAUGAGCCCAUGGACGAUCCAAUGGAUGUCGAUGAUAUGCCAGAAGUGACAGAAGAUUUGUCCGAGGUGAAGGUAGAGCCGGAUGACAACCUGGAGUUGGAGUUGGCUCUCAAGAAGGCGAGGAAGCUGAAGCAGAAGGAAGCUGCAGAAACCGCUGCCAACCCAGAGACGGUCGCUCGGAUGAUCCUCAGUGAGGAGACCGGCUACAGGGAGGCUGGACCUGGAGGAUCCAUUGUACUCAACUCCACCGCAGAGUUCUGCCGUACUCUCGGAGACAUCCCCACCUACGGGCUGGCUGGCAACAGGGACGAAGAUGCUCAGGAGAUACUGGACUAUGAACGAGAGAUGAAACAAGAAAAGCAGAAAGAAGAAUCAUCUAUCAAGCGCAGUGGGUGGAAUGAUGUGGAAAUGGACGAGCGACUGGUGGACAUAGCACAAUACGAGGCUCCUAUACUGGACGCAGAGCCUGACCUGGGUGCAGGGGUGGGGGGAGCCCUUCGGCUGGCCAUCAGUAAGGGAUACUUGGAGAAGGAGACAAACAAGCGACCGUCUGCUUCACGCUUCGCUCAUCUACAGGCGCAGAACUACUCCAUAGAGGACAAGGCUCACACAGAGGAUGAUAAGUUCGGCCGACGGGAGAGAUAUUGCGGCCCAACGUCUGACUUCAAGGAGAAAGACGGCUACAAACCAAACGUCAAGCUGGACUACAUUGAUGAUAAUGGGCAUCUUCUCAAUUCUAAAGAAGCCUUCAGGUACCUUUCACAUAAAUUCCAUGGAAAAGGACCAGGCAAGAACAAGGUUGAGAAGCGAAUGAAGAAAGGAGAACAAGAAUCGUUGAUGAAACAGAUGAGUUCUACAGACACUCCGCUGGGAACACUCAACAUGUUGCAGGCCAAACAACGUGAGACUCAGUCCGCCUACGUUGUACUAAGCGGCAACAAGCAACUGCAGGGAGCGGCUUCAAUUUCAAAAACAAAGCUGUGAGUUGGCUGACCCUCCUCAAGAAAAAAGAUGACAAUUUUUCCUUUACUUUGUACAGAAAAGUUUUGAGUGUUGCCCGUAUUAUUGAGAAUAAAGUUGGUGUAUAUAAAUAAAUAAAAAU